AUGGAUCCGAUCGCGGAACCGUGGGAGAAGGAAUUCAUCGACUUGGUGUUUCAUAACGACAUUCCCAAGCCUGAAGGACUCGGGACGUAUGCCAUGGCAGCGCGAAGCUAUCGAGACGCGGUGGGGCAGAUGCUGGCGAAGAACAUGCCGCUCUUUGCCAUGGGAUUCAUCUCCAUCACCGUCUUCGUGACCCUGAUUAUGGGGAAACUGAACCUCCUGCAGCACAGGGUUCUUAUCGGUUUGGAGUCCCUUUUGGCAAUCGGAUUGACCAUCCUGAGCACGUUCGGGCUGUGCUUUUACCUGGGCCUGCCGUAUUACGACCUUCACAGCAUCAUGCCGUUCCUCAUUCUCGGGAUCGGGAUCGACGACACGCUCGUGGUCGUCCAGAGCCUAGAGAACGUGAUCGCAGCAGGCGGGACGUGGACGCCGGAGGAGCGGGUCGCCCUGGCGCUGAAGCAGUCCGGCGUGUCCAUCACGAUCACGACGCUCACGGACAUCUUCGCGUUCUGCAUGGGCGCGACGACCGAAAAGUCAGAUGCAGGUGAUGUUUGGAACUUCGAGGAAGUAGUGCUCUACUUCCGCAGCUGCGACGGGAUCAGGGUUCUGGUCUUUCUCCUGGGCUUCUACGUGAGCAUCGUGGCAGGGCGGUGGUGGGAGCUGUGGAAGGCGAUCCCAUGGUCGCUCGACCCGGCCACCAUCGUCGCCACGCAUCUUCGGUCCGGCGAUUCGGAGAUGGCGCUGAAGUACCGUUUGACGAUAAUGCGUUACAUGCACCUGGGGAUCAUCAUCUGCAUGCAAACACUGAGCUCUCGAACGGAGAAGCACUUCGGGGAACUGGAGGACCUCCUCGACGAGCAAUGCCCCUCCUGCAGAUCUGCAGAAGGAAAGGCAUCGCAUCCUGGCACUCGUUGCCGCAGCGACGAACCGGGCUACAUCCCGCGCAUGCUGACGGAGAAAGAGAAGGAGAUCCUGGAGAACUUAGGCCGUCUCUACGGGAGCGAGAAGCCACCCUAUUGGAUACCGAUGGUGUGGGCGUGUCGCUUGGCGGAGGACGCCAGGAGGAAGGGGCUUGUUGACACGAACCUGGGGCUUCAGAGCAUCAUCUCGGAGAUCCGUGGCGUCCGAACUCGACUCGGACAGUGCCGGGACAUCGAUAAUGUCAAUAUUCCCCUCGUCUACACCCAGUUGGUGUUCUUCAUGGGCUGGCUGGAGGUGGCGGAGAUGCUCAUCAACCCGUUCGGCGAGGAUGAGGACGAUUUCGACGUUCAUCUCAUCGUCGAACGGAACAUCAAGAUGGCGAACUUUAUCGUUCGGGAGGUGGUGUGGAAUCUCCCCGACAUCGAUGCUUAUCACGGCUAUCCCGAGGCAGUCUUCUACAAAUCUGAAAAAGUG